UAAUCAGUUCAGUAUCAAUCAUAUCAAUCAGUUCAGAGGCUCAAUAUAGCUUUUUGAGUUUUAAUAUUCGUGUAAAAGUUAUUGUUCCGAUAGCAGAUUAAAUGUAAUUUUGUAAAUAACUACAAAUAACUGUUUGAAAUGGACAGAUUUAACGAGUACUGGGAAUUACUUUCGGACAAAAGUGUUCCGAUUGGGAAGGAGCUGAUAACCUACUACAAGACACUGAACGAGAACGAAGAUGGAGCUACAUUAUCCGAGCGAAGCUGCAGUUUCUUGCUUCAAAAUUUGAUACAAAAUCCUUAUCCUACAUGUCAAUUGCUGCGGUUGUUGGCUACUUCAAAGAUUCCUUACAAAAAUAGUGCAAUCAGAGAAAUUUGUGAUACUGGUAUAAUGGAUUUUUUCGGGAGUUUCACACAGAAUAAUAUUGAUAAGUUAUACAAUUUAAUCUCGAAUAAUUUGCUUUCGACGGAUGUUAUCAAUAAGCUGGUACCAAUCGUUCUACUUUUGCUAGAGGAGAAGAAAAUCGACAGAGAACUGAUUUUAUUAGCAUUGCUCUCUAGAAAAUCUCAGAAAAUGCUGAAACAUUUUAUAAAGCAGAUGAAAGUGGCACCCGAGCAACAGUACGUCCUCGGCGUUGUUGAGAAUAAAACACACUUUCUAAACAGUGUUUUAGACACUAUCGAUGUACCUUUUCAGAAUGUAGACGUUAGGAAAUACAUUCAUUUUUUUCAGUUGAUCAAAUAUCUCAAUACCAAAGGAGGGGUCUCUUCCAUUUCUGCUGAGUGGGAGACUCCGCCAAAUAAUGCUUUAGGAAUGUAUUCUCUAGAAAUGAAACGCACAUUGCUUCUCCAGGAGUUUUUAGAAGGAUUGGAUCAUUCUUUACACAUUGAAGAAUAUGCAAAAGAAACAUCAGUGAUUGCAAUGUACUUGAAGAACAAAAUAAAAAUUGCUCCAUCUGGUUAUGAGCAAUUGCUUGGGAUCAUCGAAGAAAAUGACCGGCUGAAUAUAAAAAUAUUAAAGGCAUUCUACCUAGACGCUCAAUAUGUAGAGCCAUUGGGAGAUGCUAAAUGCAUGCAUAUAUUGAUGCUAUGGCAAUAUGUUAUAGAAAUGAUGAAACUCUCACCUCAGUUGAAGACUUUUGAGAGCGUUCUUGAAAGCAGAGUUUGUAGUAUCAAAACUAUCCUCAAAUCUAUUGAUAGCUCUGAAAUGUUUGUAGACAUACUGGAAAAUUUGCUUACAUUACUCUUUGUGCGAUAUGAGCAUCUCUCGAGGAAACCGCCCGGUCGUAUUGGGUUUAUAUGCUCCGAUGUUGUCAUGGAAUCCAUUCUAAAUUGUCUGAAGCUGAUACUGAUGCCAAAAAUACACACCGCAAAUUAUUCCAGUACAGAUGACAAAAUAAAGCUUCGCUUAAACUACUGCCAAGAUAUUAUAAAUGAGUCCCUGUGGAGGUUGACUAAAGUUGUCAAUAUUUGUGCUCAAUCUGAAUCGUCAUUUCAAUUAGUCGAUGCAGACUUUAACAUUAUUAUAGUAAAAUCUGAACUGAUCCAGGAAAAUGAAGUUCAAGUAUUUCACAGCAGUGAAUCCUUGCCAGACAGAUGCAACAAAUAUUCGACCUUCCCAAAAAAGAAACAUUCCAAACGCAGAUCGCAUCAAUCCCAGUUAUCGUCUAGCGGUUCUACCGGUAAUAAAGCCAUGCAGUACUCGCUACCACUUCCUGGUAAAAUCAGCUCAAUAGUUGAUCCUUCCAUCAGCGCAAUCGUCGUUAAACCAAGAAAUAUUUUUUCCAAAAUGCUCGGAACACCGGAAAAGCUCGCCACUCUUUGUUUGGCCAGUCACAAUCUCGAUACUGCUAGGAAUAUAAUCAAGCAAAAUCAACUGGGCAAUACUCCGGUAGGAUUGGACCUUAGCUAUUUGGAGAACUUUAGCCAAGUCCAGCAAAAAUUAUCCACACUAAUUACAAACUACAAUCGAAUGCAGCAGGAGAAACCACUUGGAGAAUGUAGUUCGAUGUUGGAGAAUAUUCGCGUUAAGACUGCAAUUGGGUUCGAAGCAUCUAAAAUCAUCAGUACAAUUGAAACAUUCUCAAACGGCCAAAAAAUUCACCAGGGCGAGGAAGAGAUAGGUCUGCUGAACAAAUUUGUGGCACAAUAUCCACUUUUAAAGUUUUUUCGAGGUGAAUUCGCAAGAAACAUUCCUGCAAUGGAUCUUUUGCUGGGCCUUCGAAUGGGUUAUGAUUUAAAUCUGACAAUGUACCAUCUUAUAUCUAAGAGCUUGGAUAAAUCGGAUUCAGAUGAUGUCAUGAAAAAUACGUAUGUGGCAUUUCUGAAACGAAUGAUUGAUGAUCUACAACAGUUCAAGUGUGCUGCUAUCUCUGGACAAUACAUGACGCUUCAUGCGUUGCUGAGUAGCGAGGUAUGCUCAUUGGAUCCUGCUCAGUUGGGGCUUACUCUAGAAGCUCGCCGCAGUUUGAAGACACUGGAAUCGUUAGAAGAUUUUCAGCAGUAUAACAGAAAAGGACACUGGAGCAGUCUUAAAAAAAUUCAGAUAUUUAUUGAAGGAAUGCAACAACUUGGCAAGCUCCAAAGUAGUUGGAACGAUGCUUUGAAGGCCAAUGAUUUGAUCAAGACUAAUAUAGGCGAAGUAAUAACUCAGUUGGCGUUCGAAAAGGCAGUUCCUUUGCAAACUUUAGAAAACUUAGCCGUCGGAACCAAUGCGAAUUUAGUUCAUAUUUUAUCUCAAAAAUACUUUGUUGAUAUUCGAAAGCAUUCUGAUAAUAAUACUUGUAGAAAUGCAGAGAUAUUGGAAUACAUUGGGAAGAAGAAUGAACUGUUAGGAGGUUUCAUGGAGGAGUUUACCUCGAUUGACCGUAGUGAUAAUUUUCUGAAACGUCUGAACGAGUUAUCCUGUUUUGAUGCUAUAUCGCCAUUGUACAAAUCACGAAUUUCUGCUAUUAUAGAUUACGACCAACCUCAAUUAGAUGCACUCGGAACAAUAAAUGUUAUCGGAGAUUUACAACGCAUUCAAUUGUAUGAUGCUUUAGGAUGCAGAAAACGACAAGACUACGAAAACAUUCAACAUCGUCGGCAUGAAAUUGUAACUCGGCUUUUGCAAUUCGAUGACCCAGUGCAGGAACUGCCACUAGAAAAAAUAAUCCGUUGUACAAAAAACGUCGUUCAAAAGGUUGAAUACCUAUUCAAGAUUGCUGAGCGAUUACCGAGAGCUCGAGACAUCAUGAAAUUGAUCAACAGUAUACUUCUCUCGAAAAAUGUUUCUAAGAUAGAUAAAGCAACAAGAGAGCAUAUGGAGAAUUGGCUUUCCCAGUUACAAGUCUAUGAAGAAAUUGGCACAAUUAUAGAAAUUGAAGACUGGCGUACAGUUAAAAACCUAUCGGAAAGUAACAAAGACCUAGUCUUGCACCAGCUCAUUCAAAAGAACCAGUAUGAUUUGUGCUCCCGAUGGAUUGAUAUCCACCCAUUGAAAUGUGACGAGGACAGCACGUUGCUAGAUAUAUUCACACUUGCAGUUAUCAAGGCAACUAAAGAAAAAGAAAAUUGUUCUGUUCUACUCGUAUUGAUUGAACAAAUGCCUACCGAAAGAGUGGUUCGAUUCUACGAGACAAUUCUGCUUGGAGUCAAAGAUCAAGAAGUCAUAAGGCACGCUGUAGAAUACCUGGAGAAAAACGGCGAUAAUCGAAAAAUUUAUCAAAAAUAUCGCAUCUCGUUGGAAAUUUUUAAUCAUUUGUCGAUGGAUGAAUCUGAAAGACUUUGGCAUCUCAUAAGUCGACCAUUGCUAAUCAUCGAGCAAUAUUUAAUGAACUCGAAACUAGAGCUGCUCACGGGAGUCAUGGUUUCAAUUCGGUCGUUGCUUUUGGAAAACAUGUGCAAGAUUUGUUAUGAGCAGCGAGAAUACAUCCGGGAUCUACGGUCGUCCGAUCGUCUUAGUGGAUCUAUCAAUUUAGAUUCCAGUCACGAUGAUCAAUUUCUUACGAAUGAAUGUGUCGACUGUUUGCUGCGAAUAUACGCUGGAAAGGCACUGGACUAUCGAGUUUUUGGAGACCACGGAACAUCCGGUGAAUCCAUGCAUGAUCAGAGUGGGGAGUACAGUAGCAUGGAUUCGCUUUGUGGUGCAUUCAUUAUGCCAAAAGAAGUGCCGACGAGAGAAGCUUGGAUUAGGGAUGAAGACGCUUCCCAUUGUAUGUGCUGCAGAAGAAGUGUUUUUUCUAUGUUAAACCGACGCCAUCACUGUCGACGCUGUGGAAGAGUGGUUUGCCACUCGUGUUCUAAGAAGAAGUUGGAAAUCCCAGAAUUCUACGAGAAGGUUCCCGUAAGAGCUUGUGAUGACUGUGUGAAACAAUCGCAGAAUAAACCAAACGUGCAAAUUCCAACUCAUGGAAAACCUGUCAACAUGAACGACUCCGACCAAUGGCAGCUGACCGGAAAUGUGAGAAAUGACAACAUAAUACGAGACGAAUAUAGCUACGAAUAUGCACCAUCCACGAAUCAGUGCUUGGCCAUCUGCAACCUUCACAACCAGAAUGAAGAAAUCUCUAACUUUCUAUUGUAUCACUGUGCCAAACUAGAAUCUCUUUUACGGCCAAUCCUUCCAGGUUUUCCUAAUCCGGAGAUUGAUUACGCUUUAGUAGCUCGAAUGUUACUAAAUCUAGCACUGGCAGCCAAAGUGCGAGGACUACAAUUUACUGAAGCUGAUAAGGUGAAAGAACAUGCAGAAAUUAUAUUAUCAAUCGUGAAAAACGACUGUGAAUCACUGCUGUUACAAGAGUCGAUGACUAGUGCAAAUCUACGCAGAUUACGAGACGCCCUCGUGAAAGCAGAAAAGUGGAAACUUGCCAUCGAACUUUCACUCAAGUGUGGCUUCGCGACCAGUGGAGUCAUGGCUGCAUGGGGAACGACCUGUUUGCGAGCUGGUUGCUACGAAACUGCCAGGGAGAAAUUUUCUCAUUGCCUCCAAAAAUUAUUAACCGACACGGACUAUUGUGAAAUUUUGGAUUGCAUCGAAUGUCCGGUAUCAAAUUUAAGCAAUUACAAAGGGAUUGUUCCAGUUAAACGCCCCGUUAAGAGUCCUCCAUUGCUUUUGGAAAUUAUAAGUAUUUUGGAGUCAACUGCCCAGGCACAGCCUCCAGAGGUUAUCGCUAGAGCAAGUGUCGUUAAAAAUUCGAACUCUUCAGUGUCUUUCAGUAUCCAUAGGAAAACGAAAGAAAACAUUACGCUGCAUGAGCCUGCAUUGAACGUUCUAAAUACCCUUUCCAACUUGAAACACAUCACCAAAGGUAACUUUACAGAUUUUCUCCCGGAGAAACGAGCUUUGCGAACUCGAGAUCCACCAGUAGCUGCUACCAAUAAGUCAACUGAUUACCUUCACGCCCUGGACUGCAUCAUGAGUACACGGUUCUUCGAAGAGUCUAUGUUCUAUUUAUUGAGCUACGGUGCCCAUCACGACAAUAUCAGCUUUCUGAUCAAGCAUCGACAGAUUCUCUCUGCGAUGAAGUAUACUUUGAUGCAGCAGGUUGACCCCGAAGUUUUUCUUCAAACCAUAAUCCUACCCUUUUUGAAAACCGGAAGAUUGGAGACCGUAAUACAAGUGAUGAGCAGCAUGGACGAGACGUUGUUGAUUUGGAAGAACUACAUCAUCCAUACAUGCCGCUAUCUUGAAACAAACCGUAUGCUCAACUGUUUGUACAACCUUCAACUACUGUUGCGGGAUCCUAUCCGGGCUAGUAUGACCUGUGUGCGAUUUUACUCGAUGGAUGCGAAAAACUUUAUCGAUCUAGAAGCAAACACAUUUCAUUUGAAGAAUAGUGUAGCACAUCUGCAAGCAGAGUUGGAACUUUGCAACUGGGAAGAAAUUAGCGUGGAGAGCUUUGGCGAUCGAAGUGAAACACACAAAAGUCUCUUAAUGAAAAUGGAACCUAAAGAACUGAAUAACCAUAUCAAUACAAUUCUUCGGCAGUUGGAAGUUACCAAGUUUUUGGCAAACUGUGAAUCAAAGGAACGGGAUGUAAUUGGAUUAAUACCUAAGUUAUUUAUCGAGUCAUCCAAGAUUCCAACACUUUUCGGAACAACGCAUGAGAGACUUCAGCUAGCCGUAUUGAUUCUGAUUUGUGGACAAAACAUCGAGGAAGGAUUUGGUUUAUCUUACAGAGUGAUUCAAGAUUUCAACCUAAACAGUCUCCGCGUGUAUGGUUUAGCAGCUAAGUACUUCAUCAGUCACACCAAAGUAGAGGAAGUUGAGAAACUACUGCAAGCAAUUAUCAGUAAUAGUUCUCCAACUGUGGAUACCAGCAGUUUCUGCGACGAAUUAGUAAAAGUUUCAGUGGAAACAGCAGUCACUAUCCAUGGAAACAGCGCACAGAUAAAGACUGCCCUAGAAGCUUUAAUUAAAAGGAUCAGCGAUGUAGGAUUGAAGAUUCAUUGCUACAUUGUAACGGGACAACUAAAGACUGCAUAUCUGUUGGCGAAUAAAACAGGAAGGAUCGGUGAUAUUCGGAAGAUUUCACGACAGGCUGAGGUAUUGAACCAAGUCCACGUGAAAAGGUUAUGCGAAAUGAAGUUAACUUCUGAGGGGGGAUCAAGGAAGUAAACUAGGUAUACACUCUAAUCGAUAAACGAAGUUUUCAAAAUGUUCAUGUUUUUGGAUAGAUUAUAUUGAUUGUUAUUUCAUAAUAAAGUUUUGUACAGGCAAAACCACGA